AUGGUAAAAAAUACACUCAUUUCAGUCAUUUCUGAAGAAGAAAAGAGGGGGUCUGUUGAAUUUCAAGUAUUCCGUUUUACCAAUAAGAUACGGAGACUUACUUCACAUUUGGAAUUGCACAAAAAAGACUAUUUAUCUCAAAGAGGCUUACGAAAAAUUUUGGGAAAACGUCAACGGCUGUUGGCUUAUUUGGCAAAAAAAAAUAGAGUACGUUAUAAAGAAUUAAUUGGUCUAUUGAGUAUUCGAGAGACCAAAACUCGUUAA